AUGCGUGAUCAAGUGUCAAAACUAAAAGAGAGUAUCACCAUCGGUAUUGUAAAUAAUAAGUAUGAUACAUGUGAUUCACAUGAAACCGUAGCCAGUUAUGACUUAAAAGAAAUUAUUUCAAUUAUGCCUCGAAUUAUAUUUGCCCAUCCAGAGUCUCUGGUUAGUGACAAGAGAGCGUUGAAGCUUCUGAAAGCGAAGAAAUGCCAAACAUGUGUGUCUGCUAUUGUGGUUGAUGAGGCUCAUCUAGUUAUUGAUUGGUAAGUUACAAUAAUUUUAAAAAUUGGUGGGAAAAAAUUAUCCUUAUUUGUUAAUGUACAAGUCAAAUCCAACUGCGAUCAUGCAACCUCUGGGAAUUUGACUUUUGAAAAAAAAUAAGUAGUCAAAUGCCCACCUGAACAGGCAGGCACCAUAGUCAAAUGCCCUGCUAUAGGGAUAGCCCUGAUUCUGGAAUUUUGGCUAAAUGUUAUAUUUAAUACAAUAUCAAAGAUAUAUUUGUUUAUAUUAUAUUAAAUAUAUAAAACCUGAGAACCUGAAACACAAUAUUAAAAAGAACGAAAAAUAGGUCAGUCAGUUCUUUUUGUUCAACUGGGCGUAUUGAUAUCAUAUAAUCUAUUCUAUGAUUGAUAUUUGUGGUUCAGUAGCAAUUUAUAAUUUUUUAAUUUAUCGAAAAGACGAAAGAGCUAUAGUGUACAUAUAUUUUAAGGAAAAACUGCUGAGCAAGUUGUUAACAAUUGGUCAAAUACAAGGCUGGCGAGAGGGGGGUAGGGGGCACGGGGGUCAUCAGUGUGAGAGUUGAUGGAUGGGGGGACCGUGGUUGCUCUCACUGCCCUUGCUCAAAUGCCUGACCAGGUACUGAGGUAAUCUUAAGUCAAAUGCCCUGGGGGGAGGGGGGAUGAUCACAGUUUAAUUUGACAAGUACAUAACAUAUCUACCGGUUUUAUUUUAAUGAUCCAACUAAAUUGUCCACUGUCACUUGGACAAUUUGUUUAAAGAUUAGUUGCUAUUGGUUGAAAAUACAUGUGUAGGUGAUAAACAAGGACCACAUUUUUGCUUAUAUAAACCAGUAAUAAUAUUGACAAAUAAAAAUUAUAAAUCCAAAUUAUUACUCCAGACUAUUACCUAUGGUUAUAUAAUGCACAAGUUUAAAUUAGGGAUCUAUUACUGUACCAGUGCAAGAUGAAAAAUUAAUAUAUCAUUUUUAUACACAUUUUUUAGGGAGAAAUUUAGACCAGCAUAUGGUAAACUUGGGAUAUUGGCAAAUAUAUUCCCACAUACUCCUAUUGUUGCAAUGACUGCAACUGCCACUUAUGAUAUGCAAUGUAAAAUAAUUGAAUCCCUUGGUAUGAACUGUCCACAAAUUGUCAAAACUAAUCCUGACCGACCAAAUAUUUAUUUUUCUUGCAAAAAAAGAGGCAAUUCAGCGGAAGAAAAAUUGGCUCCCAUUUUAGAUAAUCUUGUUGCAGAAUUGGACUCCCUUGGGUUGAAUACACCAUUCACCCUGGUAUAUGGUACCCUUGAAGUAGUGUCUGAAUGCUUCCUCUAUGUAAGCAGUAAGCUUGGAAAAAACAGUAUUAUCCUCCUGGGUCACAGUGCAUUUCUGCUAACAGACUUUUUGACCAAUAUCAUGCCCAUGUUCCUGAACAUAAAAGACAUGACAUUGUGGAUGGACUCCUAUCAGGUAACUCUGUCUUGA